AUGCCACGACAUAAGAAAUCGUCUAAAGGACAUUCUUGGUACUCUGGAAAACACUACACGAGUUCCAUCCCCACCACCCCAUCUUCACAGCAAUCACAAACUGAAAAAGAACAAGAGCAAAGAACAAGAGCCUGCUUUCAAAUAAGUAAUGAUUCAACGGUUGGAGAUGACGAGUCAAUUUGGGAUGAGGGAGAUCAACCUACUACUUCUUAUAAUAUAGCCAGAAAACUUUCUAGUGUCGAAGAAGACGUUUGUUAUAAAUUAAGAACAGCUAACAAAGGUGAUGGAAUAGAUUAUAAUGCAUUAGAAGAAUAUACUACAGAAGAAAAAACUUCAGCGAAAAAAGAUGAGGGAAAUUAUCAUUUAUUGCCUUCGUCUAUGAUGUUAAGCAGAAUAAGGACAGAAGACAUGCUUGGUGCAUCCAAGGUUACAGCUGAAAGCCUUCCGGAUGGUAAACUGUUUGCCGGAUGGACGUAUGAGUAG